AUGUUUGCAGAUGGGUCGUACUGUCGAGCCAUCUUUGAGCUCAUGGUAGAUUACGACAACCCAAAGGGCGGCACUCAGUGGGUCAGCAAGCCAGAAGGCGUGUCAGUGACGGGCGUUUGGAUUGCGGUCAAUGCCCCACCGGACAAAGGAGAGGAAUUUAUGGAAGCUUGGGAUCCCUUUCUCGAAGUUCGUCCUGAUGACAAGCCUGCGGUUGAUGGGGUGGUCAACGACAAAAAUCUGGACUGGCGAAGAGGCAAGGCGCCGCGCGUGACGAGCAUGUGCGACGGCGCACACAUCGCCGUGUUGGGAGAUGACUUCCAGCUUGCUGGAGGCAUCGACCCCGCGAGCCCGGAGGAAGAAUGGCACUGGGACGAAGCAGCAGAAGCAGAGGUCGAGAGCUCUGACGCAGAGGAUGCCGCCUGUUCGGAUACGGAAAAAGAAGUACAGAUCGUGUCUUACGGGAUUUACUACCAGACGGUGCCUGGUGCUGACAUUUAUGUCGAUUUGCGAGAUUUGCGCACGCCCGGCUACGACCGUCGAGCUUCCGAGCACCUUGGCAAUCGGCCGCCGAAGCGACCUUCGGGAUUGGUUCCUGAAACCCGGAUGGCGGUCGAGGGCAACAUGGAGGCGCAACGGAUCAUGCAAGCAGUCUUGGAUCACAUUGAAGGAUUCAGCGCGAAGCAACAUCCCAAACCGGUCUGGGUUGCAGUCAACUGUAGUUGGGGCAAGCACCGGAGUGUGGCGUUCGUGGAGAUGCUGCGCUUUGCCUUGGAGCAUCGCUAUCGCGUUUCUGUAACCCACAUGGAACGAUAUCGGUGGGAUAAACAGCGUGACUGGAGGCAAGAUUGGUGGCCGGAACAUUGGCAUUCCGAGAAUAGCUUGAAAUUCGUGGCAAAAGGUCAGAUGUGA